CUUACCAACUCUCACCCCCAGCGCCGACUCUGCAGGACGGAAAAUGGCGCAUUGCAGCAGCUGCGGCGAUGCGGGGAACCACUGCCCUACGCCCCUUCCAGACCGGGCCAUCCCCGGGGAGGGGGCCAACACCCCAUUCCCACAUGAGCCACAGACAGCACCCCGCGGGCGGGUUAGGAGUGCGGGGGUCCCAUAUUCAUUGCACCUUCUCUUCUCGCCUGUGGGGCGCUUCAUUCCCGGUCUUGGGUUAGUGGAACCGGGAGAUUGGCGAACGGGGGCUUGGAGACAUCAGGGUGAAGGGUUCGAGGCUCUUUCUUGUGUCUGACUGAGUGUGCACUUAGGCCUUUGGAAAGACAGUCAUGGGUGCACCUGCCAGUUAGUAACUUGCGUUGCUCUACAACCUCUGCAGUUGUAUAUGCCCCUCACCCUCGAAGUGUGAUGUGUGCCCCCGUAAUGGCAGCGAGCGAAGCUCCAGAAACUUAUCCGCCAGUUCUCUGGCGCCAGGUGGGCAGCCCAGAAAGACUCAAGGGACAGUGGCAUGUGAUUCCACGCAGCCAUUCAUCCCAAGGCCACUGUAUAGAAGGUGUUUUCUCCUGUCACGGAGUCUUAGCCAAGUAUUUGGAAGAGAAAUAGGGAGAGCUGAGCAUCCUCCCCUCCCCCUAACUUUCUCAAAUUUGUCUCUGCCAUCUUCAACUUCUCCCCUAUCCCAAGAUCCUGAAGGAGAACUAUGGCUAGACAAAUGAAUUACUUCCCUGUCAGGACCACAAUAUGUGUAGUAGAGGCUUUUCUUUCCGUUUACCACCUGAAGCCCUGGUCCUAGAUGUAUUUGUGUUGCUUCUCUUAGUAACAAAAAAGGGAAAGGCUUUACUUGUGUUACAUAAGGGUUAUAAGCAUCCCUAGGUAUUUUACAGCUGUUUCCAACGCCCAACAAGUAGUAAGUGAAAUGGGCCCCCCAAAUGGAAUGCUUUAUAGCUAUUUCACUUUUUUCCUUCAUUUCUGAUUUGGUAUUUGUGCUUUUAGCUGUAGAUGGUAGCCCAAGCAUUCUGGUCAAGUCCUAGGAUUCCAGUUGUUUUCAUUUUGGGGUGGGGGAUCCCUUUCAGCCGACUGGUUCCCAAUAGCAGCCAUGUGGGAUGGAAGGAGGGAGAUGGAGAAUGCAUGGUGGCUAGCAGGGCAUCACGAGGUUUCUGACCUUAAUCUUGUCAUUGGUGCCACCAUCCUGGACUGCUUCCAAGACCAAACACGGGCUGCUACGUGCUCAAUGAAUUUUCUGCCUUUGGUUAAGAACUAGAUUGCUUAGCUCUGUAAUAGCGCAAGAGUCUUGUGGCUUGCAUAGCAUUGUUAUCUUUUGUUCCUCUGCCUCGCUUGUGCUUUAGAGGGAGUUGAAAAAGCGAUUCCUUAAAUGUGGAUGAGUCAAGUGUAACCUGCUGGUAUAGCCUCUCUGAAGGAUUAUUCUCUAUCGUUUUAGACUGAAAGAAAUUCACUUAGGGAAGAAGAGCUUCUGGGUAUUAGUUCUAUUGUGAUUAGUCAAGGAAUUUCCUUUUUGAUGACUUUCUUGAUAGUUUAACGCCUAGUGCAUUUACUCUCGCCCAGUGCAUUUACUCUUGGCUGCUCCUGUGAGGUAUGUUUUGUGAGGUUCUGCUUCUGUUUGAUGAGGAGUUCUUUUGUAAUUUCUAUUCUCCAUCAACUUUGAGAGAAUUCCCUCCUGGCUAUGGGUUCUUCCUUUGCAAAGAAAAUUUCACACCUUAGCUUAGACUUCUGGGAAUUCUUUAAGAGGUGAAUUUAGCCUCUACGUACACGUACUAGAUUAUUCCUCCAAGAACACCCACUAGAUUAUUCCCGUCUUGUACGGAUCCCUUAGUCUUAGGUGGUACUAAAAGAACAGUCUCCAUGUGUGUAGGAGUCUAUACAAAGGUUUCUCUUUGGGAGAUAAGGAACUAGGGAAAUCUCCUGGACUUCAUGCCAAGUCUAGAAAAGGAAGAGACAGAAUAUUUAUGAUGGAUGUACACUGAGGACCAUUUUUAGCAUUUCUGCUUCCUGUCUGUACUCUUGGAACAGAGUCCAUAACUAAUGCAAUUGCCUUGGGCCCCGGGUUCUGUCUAAGCGAAACCCCUAUCUUCUCUGCCAAAAACAAAGUAAGUCAACAGCCCUGACUCAUUCCACCUACAUAGGCUUUGCUUUUGGUGAUUAUCCAAGUUGUCUUUAUUCAGAAGCCCCGAUAUACUACCAGUCAUCCUGUGAAACAUAACCAAUAACUGGAUCUCCAUCAGCAGAGUCUGUCAGUUUGCCGUUUCCUUUUAUGUUCAGGCUUUGCAAAAAAAAAGGAACAGUUCAGUCCAUAGACUUGUUAUGAAGGUUUAUUCUUUUCUCUGCGAAUUUCUCCUACCUGUGAUUGGGGGUUUCCAAUCUGACUUCAUGUGAAAGGCUCUAACAGCCAGGGAAAUGCCAUUUCGGCCAAGGCUGGCACAUUUGUCCCUAUAUCCUCUGUUCCAGAGGGUGUAUUUGAGUUGGGUCUAACAUCAGAAGAUAGUCCCAAACAAAAUCUCAUGCCACCUGGAUGUCUCUGAGCCCCAUCUGAAUGUUGUUACAGGAUUUUUCAUCUUUUACUUCUUGGGGCUAUGCUGCAGCUCCCUGCUUGGGGUUGCCAAGAAGCGAGCAUCCCUUCUAUUUGCAUAUAACCUGAUCAUAAUUGCUUUGGUGAUCUGGGGUGAGAAAUGCCCCAGUGGGAGGGUUCCUUUCUUGUCUGGGUUACUUUUUGUACUCUGCCUACUUCUCUCCACAGGUCUGCUCCAGCUCAGCCACUCGCCCAGGGGGAAGAAGGGGCUGCCCCGGGUGGCGGUCCUCCCGGCCCUCCUCCUAACAUGACCAGUAAUAGACGACUACAGCAAACCCAGGCACAGGUGGAGGAGGUAGUGGACAUCAUACGUGUGAAUGUGGACAAGGUCCUGGAGAGGGAUCAGAAGCUGUCAGAGCUGGAUGACCGAGCUGACGCCUUGCAGGCGGGAGCAUCACAGUUUGAGAGCAGUGCUGCCAAGCUAAAGAGGAAGUAUUGGUGGAAAAACUGCAAAAUGAUGAUCAUGCUGGGAGCCAUCUGUGCCAUCAUCGUGGUAGUUAUUGUAAGUCAUCUUCCUUGACUCCUAGUCUGUCUGCCAACUGGACUAAGCUCCUUAAGGGCAGGAUCAGGAAUUGUUCAGCCUUGAUCUCCAGCCUGCAGCACAAUACCCGACACACUGGAGUGGGGCCAUAAUGAAGUCUCAAAGGAUGUGUAGUGGGAGCUGUGGAGGCUGCCACCUUGGGAAAAAUAAAUCUAGCAGCAGAAGCAGGACAUGAAGAAGCUGGGACUGCGAACAAAGCCGUGGGAAGCUAAACAAGGCCAAAGAAGUUUUGGGGGCAGGAGAGCCAGGAGCCCAAGUCUG